GGCCGUUGCCGCGGUGGGCGGGUCGAGGCUGCUCUGGCCCUGACGUGACAUUGUUGUUGUUGAGAGAUAAAUAUAUAUAUUGUUUUUAAUGUCUGCAGCGUUCUCUGUUAAUGAAUCUGAUUAAUUAAGAGCGAUCCGAGAGGCACCGUGUUAUCACAGCUGCCCUUACAGUUAUAAUUAACCGAGGCAGCUGCAGCCGGGGGCUGCGAGGGAGUGAGCAGGCUGCACUGUGUCUGCAGGAGGCUGCGUUCGCGGGUUUUCUGGUUUUUGUCGGGGGCGGCUGCGCAGUGUGAAUUCAUGAUCACAUGACCUUGGAUAUGGACACGGUCCUGUCCGACUUCGUUCGAUCCACUGGAGCUGACCCCGGCCUGGCCAGGGACCUGCUGGAAGGAAAGAACUGGGACCUCUGUGCUGCUCUGAAUGACUUUGAGCAGCUGCGCCAGGUGCAUGCUGGGACGCUGCAGUCUUCCUUCGGGGAGGAGAGGGGCUUCCGCCCCCCCGAAAAGGAGAUGCCCCGAGUGGGGCGCCCCCUGGUGAACAGGCAGGAUGAUGCAGUGCAAGCAGAGAAGCGUCUGUCUCGUGGUAUCUCCCACGCCAGCUCCUCCAUCGUGUCGCUGGCUCGCUCUCACGUCUCCAGCUGCAGCGACCCUCUCCUGGAGACCCCACUGUGCACCUUCCAGCUGCCUGACCUCACUGUGUACAGAGACGACUUCCGCAGCUACAUCGAGAGAGACCUCAUCGAGCAAGCCAUGCUGCUGGCUCUGGAGCACGCAGGUCGGUUGAACUGGUGGACUGGCAUGGGUGCAAGCUGUCAGAGCCUGCUGCCCCUUGCCACCACUGGAGACGGGAACUGCCUGCUGCACGCUGCUUCACUGGGGAUGUGGGGGUUCCACGACCGGGACCUGAUGCUGCGCAAGGCCCUUCACAGCUUGAUGGACAAGGGGGUGGAGAAGGAGGGUCUUCUGAGGAGGUGGCGCUGGCAAGAGACCCUUCAGAACAAAGAGUCAGGGCUGGUGUACACCGAGCAGGAGUGGCAGAAGGAGUGGAACGAGCUGAUCAAGCUGGCGUCCAGUGAGCCCAGGAUACACUACAGUACCAACGGAAACAACGGCGUGGGGGUGGAGCAGGCGGAGGAGCCUGUCUAUGAGAGUCUGGAGGAGUUCCACGUCUUCGUUCUGGCUCACGUGCUCAGGAGACCCAUCGUGGUGGUGGCUGACACCAUGCUGAGGGACUCUGGUGGGGAAGCCUUCGCUCCCAUCCCGUUCGGAGGAAUCUACCUGCCCCUGGAGGUGCCCUCUGCCAAGUGCCACCGCUCGCCCCUCGUCCUGGCGUACGACCAAGCCCACUUCUCAGCCCUCGUCUCCAUGGAGCAGAGAGACGGCUGCAGAGAGCAAGCUGUGAUCCCGCUGACAGACUCCGAACACAAGCUGCUUCCCAUUCACUUCGCCGUGGAUCCGGGUCGGGACUGGGACUGGGGCAAAGACGAGAGCGACAACGACCGGCUGGCCAAUGUGACGUUAUCCUUGGAGGCUAAGCUGAGCUUGCUGCACAGCUAUAUGACUGUGACGUGGCUGCAGCUCCCAGGUGAAGCCCAGCAGGCCCCGCUGGCUCAGCCAGAGUCCCCAACUGCCUCUGCAGGAGACGAAGCUCGCACCCCUCCCGAUUCGGGGGAGUCCGACAAGGAAUCUGUCUGCAGCGGCUCUAACGGGACGGGGGGCGAGGGAGGAGCGGGUGGAGGCAAGACCCCAUCUGGGAGCAACAGCUCCAGCAGCUCCAGCAGCAGCAGCAGCAGCAAGGAGAUGAAGGAGAAGGCAGCCAAAAAGGACAAGAAGCGGGCCGACUCUGUGGGCAGCAAGCUGGGCAGCUUCGGCAAGACCCUGGGCAGCAGGCUGAAAAAAAACAUGGGCGGGCUGAUGACGGGCAAAGCUGGAGGCGGAGGCAAGCAGGGGGAGGAGAGCCUGGAGGAGGAGGAGAAAGAGAAGAAGAAGAAGAAAAAGAUGAUGACGAUGAAAGGCUCGAGGAAAGGGAGCCAGGAAGGGUCUCCGAGCAGCGGGGGUGAGGCGAGAGGGGCCGGGGGCGACGAGAGACAAACCCCUCCCCUCCAGCAGCAGGAGCAAGAGCCGUGCAAGUACGGCAGCGACGUCAAGCUGAGCCUGGGGAUCCUGCGCGCUGCCAUGCAAGGGGAACGCAAGUUCAUUUUCGCCGGCCUGCUGACCACCAGCAGCCGGCAGCCCUUCCAGGAGGAGAUGAUCCAGCGCUAUCUGGCAGACGCCGAGGAGCGCUUCCUGGCCGAGCAGGAGCAGCGCAAGGAGGCGGAGAGGAAAGGAGCUUCGGCCCCCCUUGCCCCUGCCGCGUCAACUUCCAACGGGACCCUGGGAAGGAAAGACUCGACCGACGGCUACCGCCAGCCCUUCGACCCCAAAGAGGAGCCGGAGGGGCCCCACUUCGACCACGGCGGCCUCAAACCCUCCCCCUUCCCCGCCAACAGCUACUCUGGGGUUCUGACCAUCCCGCGCCCCAGUCUGCGCCCCGGCCUGCUUGACCGUUCCGGCCAGCCCGGAGCGGCCCUCCCUGUCUGCAGCCAGGAGGCCAGGCGGCAGCUGGCUGGGGGCUCCUCCUCUUACAGCUGCCUCCCGUCGUAUGCCACCCUGCCCAGACGUUGCCCCCUCGGACCCCCUCACUCCCAGUACCGCCCCCCGCCUGCCACCGCCGCGGUGGGAAGCCCCGCCCGGCCGUCCCGCUACCCUCCUGCGGAGAUGGAGGAGAAUCAGCCUCCGGAUUACAGGCGGGAGGAGAGAGUGCCGGGGCUGGGGGGAGGAGGAGGAGGCGGUUACAGCAAUGGGUACCGGGAUGUGCGAGGUGGGUUCCUCGCCCCUUCCUCUUCCUCUCCUCCUCCUCCUCCUUCUUCGGACAGAAACGCAAUCCCCCCCGGGAGAAACUUUUACAGCGCGCAGCAGACGAAAUGCAAAAUGCCGGCUUGCAACUACUACGGGCACCCAGAGACGGGCCAUUACUGCUCGUACUGUUACAGAGAGGAGGUGAACCGCAGGGAAAGAGAGUCGCUGGAGCACAGGUUCUGAAACUCCCUUCUCCUCCCGCGAUGCUCCUCCUCCGAGAGAGAGAGAGAGAGAGAGAGAGGGAGAGAGGGACGGGGGUGUGUUUAGUAAAAACAAGGCUUGAAUGCUUUUGUCAUUCUGAAUUCCUCUCCUCCUCCUUCCAUACAGGCACCCCCCCCCCUCCCAUCUACAGAUGAAGGGAAAUGCAAUAAUGAAGUCUAAUGAUUGGGGGGGUUGGGAGAGACAUCUGCAGCCUGACUUGCUCUGUGUGAGUCACCGCACCAGGACGCGACAGGGUCCUUUUUAUGGGUUGUUGCAGUUUUUACCUCUUGCUUUUGAGAGUUUUUGAAGUUCUGGAUGAGAGAAAGGGGCUUGGCAGCGGGGUUAGUAAGCAGCGCACACUCAAGGACACUUCUCUUCUCUUUCGGUUUUGUUUUUUGUUUUUUUGUGGCGUCCAUCUCCCUUUUACACCCGUUCUGACCCGCCUUUUAGUAAUUUUCUUUCUGUUUCUGUUUUAAUGUUGCCGUUUUUAAAUCUAUGAAUUCCAAAGUUAAAUUCUUCAAUAGUGUUUGGGUCUGUCUCUCAACAAAACAAAACAAAACAAAACAAAUCAUUAUUUUUCCAGGGAUCGUGUACAAAUUGCAACAUUUUCACAGAGAACAACAACAAUUUUCUAUUUAUUUAUGAUAGGUAUAUUUUAAAUUAAAUUAUUUUAUUUUAUUUAAGGGACAUUUUUAAGCAUUUUUGUAUUUUUGUCUAUUGGCCUUUUUAAAUAAUAAUACAAAAAUGUCUAUAGUGUUACAUUCAAAAGGCAGUAUUUCAUUUGCGAUGCCUGAUACCAGGUUUAAGUUUGCCAUUGAUAUUACAGAGUUUAACACUGGGUUUUCCAGACAUAACAUACCCUGUGUUAUGGCUGCUGUACUCGGUACAACUCAAACACUAGCCCGGAUCCAUUCAAAACCUGACUGUAGUUUUUAAUGGCGCUAUGAAUCUCUAGCUGUAGAGUAGCACCAUCUAGUGGGGAUAAAGUGAAGUGCACGACAGAGCGGAUAGCGUCAGGCUGAUUUUUCGGAGUAUAUUUCAAGUUUUUUUUUUUUCUUUUCAAGUUAAUAAAAUGCGGGCGGGGGGGGGGGACUUACCCAUUUAAUUAAGAACCAAAUAAAUGUUUGAAAAAAAAAAAUCUAAACGCCUGCUGUAUUUACUGACGUCAUUUGAUACGUUAAAUUUAGAUGCUAAUUUCUGCGGUUAACAAAAAUGAGAAAGAUGGUUAUCGUAACAGUAUAGUAGAGA